GAUUGCACAUGAAAAAGAUACACAGGUAUUCCGCAAGGGAUUCAUUCCUUAUCUUGAACGUGGAGCGAAGGAUCUUCUACGCGCAUGUUUCCUUGAUAGACUACACAGUACCAGGUACCAGGAUGUUCCAUAAAGCGUGGUCAGCCCCGCCCAGGACUGGGUCCCAGAAUCCUGCGAGGCCGAGUCCUACGCCUGCGAGGCAUAUACACUUGCUUUUAGUGCCAGUCUCUGAUUGUAGCAAAGCCCACUCUGAACCUCUUCCAGUCUCGGGCUGUCUCUGUCUCUGUCCCUGUCUCUGUCUCUGUCUCUGUUUUCUCAGUCAGUCUCCAAAGCAGGCGCUGAAACUAUUGCCAGUUUUCAUCGACUCGUUUGCUCGUUGCUCGUUUGAGAAGUCGAAAGGUUUACCCAGGAGACGGAAAAGCCGGAAAAAGAUACGAGAAAUGCCUGCAAAGAAAAAAGGUGAAGGCAAAGCUAAAGCCGGGAGUAUACCGGGGGAUACAGGAUCUGUGGCAGCCGCGACUGUGGUUCGGCGCCAAAUGCCGCCGCGCGCCUGCAAGAGCAAGAGCCAGAGCCAGAGCGCCGCCCCAGAGCGCCGUCCCAGUCUUAGUCCCAGCCGCCAGCAGCCCAGCCGCCAGCAGCCCAGCCGCCUGGCCAAGAAGCACAGCCUGACGCCUACCACCGGUUCUCAGGCGCCAUCGCAGACCAUCGCAAAGUCGAGGCCCACCGGUCCCGAGACGAUUUUUGAACGGCCCGGCAAUGAGGACGACGGGCCCACCAGCAGCCAUGCCGUGGCAUUCGGCGAGUGCCAGCGCCGCGUCCUCGCCCUGGGUACGGGCGAAAAAAAAAGAAACCUGUCGCAGAAGAGCUGCCUGAAGGUGCGCAACACCUUGGGCGAACGCAGCACCCGGCACAUGAUGGCACUGCGGGCGUCCCGCAUUGCUUUGGACAGCGUAAUGCUCGGGGGCUCGGACGAUGAAGGCGAGUCGGUCGGAGUCGCUCCCGCAGUCGCUCCCGCUGGAGGAAAUGCCGGUUCAAAUCAGCCGGCACCAUUCGUGCGGCGCACCAGCAGGAGGCUCAAGAGUCUGCCUCCGUUUUAGAUUGUUACACCUUCCACCCUCUACCUUCCACCCUCCACCUUCCACCCUCCACGCUCCACCUUCCACCCUCCACCUUCC